AGGAAUCGUCCACUGUUGUCAUAUUUACUGUUUUCCACACAAGUGUAAUGAGGGAGUGUCUUUAUCUUAAUUAUUACAUUAUAUAAAGCAUUGAACCUUGUUUUGUGGUACCAGUGUUACAAGUGAUUUAAUUUAAAUGUGCGUAGUUCCAAUAAUCUCAUAUUUAUGUGUAAAUUUAGAUGCUCGGAGCGACCUUGCAGCGCCAUUACUUUAUAGGCUAGGUAGAAUUGGCUUCCAUGUCUAGUUCACAAAAGAAGGAAUGUAACUCAAAUUUUCAUGCCGCGAAAUUUGAAGAAACUGUGAUGGUUUAAAAUAUUAUAUACCUUAAUUAUUACUGUUUCUGGCGUAGGCCUAUGUCAAAAUUAGUUCUUGUUUGGACAAAAACUACUUAUAGGCCUGAGUUACCAGUAACUAAAUAAAUAAGCCUAUGCUUAAUUCCUUUGACAAAAGAAAUAGAAAUGGAGGUAGACAUAUCAAAAAUUAUUUAAGAUGUAAGGCCUAGGCUCUGGUUAAACAAUAAACUGGAUAACAUAGCGUUGCAGGCUCUAAUGUCACUUUUUCUAUGAAUAAACUUACAAGGGUAGAAUGGACUAAGGAUGAUAUGUGUAACUUUGUAACUUACUAAGUUAAACCACGGGCUGUUUCUUAGCCAGGCCAUUAGGCCUAACUGAACGCUGAAUGAUCUAGAACAGUUUAUUCACGCGAAGUUGUGUAAGGCCUAAAAUUAAAGUGUCAAAAAUAAUAUCAGACUGGUGCAAGACAAAGUACUAAGCUAUAACCUGUUUCCAAAUUAAAAUAAUCCACAUGAGCUUGAUUAGGGCUUGACUUAUGCCAAAUAGGCUCUAAAGCAGGAACAUAGGCCUAUCUACUGUAGGCUAGGUGAAGUCACCGACAUUUACAAACAAAGUCUAAGUUCAGUUUUUUUUGGUGCUCACCUCCUUUUCAUCCUAGGAGCGAAACAAUGGAGGUAACAAAUACAAUUGAACGGACAAGUCAAAUGAUAUCAGUUCCCAUGCAUACUGUGCUUGCUGGAAAGUUAACACCAGCUUCAGUGGGUAUACACACAGAAGAAGAUGAUGCUGACCUAAUGGGAACCCACUACAUACCAGUUAAUGUACAACCAUCUCUAUCAUCAAAUGGUGAACUUCUAACCCAUCAGGUUGUAGAUUUAGCUGGUACAGAAUUUGUUCAACAUACCGUCCCAACCCAUUACUAUGACACAGAAGAUAUUUUGACCCAAGAAUUGACUGAGGAUGACCGUCGACUUGCCGCUGCUCUAGUAGCAGUCCAGUUUGUUCAUCAUCAGCCGAAAACACAACAACAAACUGUACUUACAACUACAGAUUUAUUAGGCCCGAGGCCUAUUGUUACUCUUCCAAAUGUACCUGUUGAUAAACCAAUUAAUACAAUAGUGACUAACUAUAUACCAGAUGAAUCAGUUCAUCAACAAAUUAUCGAUCAACACAACCAAGAACGAAUGAUGAAGAUGUAUCAAAAUUCUUCUCAGGAGUUAAAACUACAACCUCUACCUCCACUGAAGAAGGUGUUGUCUAGCCAGUCAAUGAUGGUGGAUAACAAGUAUGGAUCUCGCCCAACAGAGGGUUCCCACAACACUGGCAUAUCAACUGUCAUUGAGAGUGUCCCUAUGGUUCAAGAGAAACCUUCCAAUGAGUCAGAACUAGGCUCUGUGAGGACACAAGACAUGAGUUCCUCUAGUAAGAUGCUGGAAGACUUUGACUCUGACUACGAUGUAGAGAGUCGACGGAGUCAUCGUAGCUUACCUCACAAAAAGCGGAUUCCUCGCAAACUCAAGGCACCUCCGGCUCGCAACAUUCAUGCAAAAUGCUACAAGUGUAACAAAUGCGGGGAAACAUUCAACAGCCAGGCUGCGUUCUCUGUUCACAGGACCACUCACUCGACUCCUGGCAACACCAAACGACCUGUGUUUGCAUGUGAACUGUGCAACAAGCAGUUUCCGACACAACUCAAAUUCUUUGAACACCUGAAAGUCCAUUACGAGCCUGGAAGUAAUAAGGAGCUUCAUUUUCACUCAAGACACCCGACUGAUAGCCAAAGUGGAUCAUCUCACACACCGACAAUACAAGACUCCUUCAGUAUCAAAACUGAGUUCCAGCCACAGGCGGGGAUUAAAGAUGAGAGUGGAAGUGGGGGAAUGUCGUGUGGAGUGUGUGGCAAGCAGUUCCGUAGACAGAAGGCUCUGGACAGUCACAUGAGUGUGUCACAUCCUCGGGAUAACGAGAUAGAGGAGUUCAGUGAGCCGGAGGACAUGAUGGAGGGCAUCCGACACGUCGUCAACAUCGGCAGUGGCGACGAGGAGCACGUGGAUGAUAAAAUCAGACAGUGGAGGUACAGUGAGCUGGGGAUGGAUCUGCAUGACGUGUGUCUGGUGUCUCCACCAGGAGAGGACGGCAACAGCAGUGGAGGCAGCAAGUCUACGUCACCUCGUGCCAAGACCCUGACAUGUCCUCACUGUGACCGCAGCUUCAACCACCGCAACUCUCUUCUAUACCACGUGCGGAGACACAGUGGCCAGCGACCUCACCAGUGUGACAUAUGUGGCAAGGGUUUCCUUGCUGCCAAUGCUCUCAAGGUCCAUAUGAGGCUGCACAGUGGAGACAAACCAUACAAAUGUGAGUUCUGCGAGAAAGUAUUCCGCCAAUGGGGAGACCUUAAAUAUCACUUGACAUCCCUACACUCCGACACUAAGCAGUUUCAGUGUGAAUACUGCGGAAAGGACUUUGCUAGAAAAUACUCUCUUAUUGUACACAGGCGGAUUCAUACUGGGGAAAAGAACUACACGUGUGAAUUCUGCAACAAAACAUUCAGGGCCAGCUCUUAUCUGCAGAACCAUAGGAGGAUACACACAGGUGAGAAGCCCCAUUCUUGUGACGUUUGCGGUAAGCCGUUCCGUGUCAAGUCAGACAUGAAACGACACCGAGCCACACAUUCUGGCGAGAAGAAGCCGAGGGAACGGCCCAACCACAGUACAAAUGCAGCUCAGCGUUUACUGGACGAUCACUUACAACAGGAGUUAUCAGAUGUGGAAGCAGAGACGAUUCUGCCAGACUGUAGUCCUCUGAAUCUCAACGUCCGCAGCAAUGACUCUGACGAGACUCUGGUGUACCGGGACUGCAUGGAGAGAGAGACAGUGUUUUUAUGGAUACCCAACUCUCAGUCUACAAUGAUGUCUGAUGAAUAGCACCAGGAGAGCAAGCAACAGGAACAAGUAUAAGUUGCUUUACUCAAAGCCUAUGUCUCCUUGACAGACGUCCUGUGCUUUUACUCCCAGGCUAGUUAGUACUUUGGCUGUACUACGAUGAAGGUGAUUGACUUCUGUAUAGUCAAUCAAUAUUCCCUCUAAAGGAGCAAUCCCAAAGUUGGAUUAGGAUGAAAGUAUCUCUGAAAGUGUGGUGUAGGCUAAAAUGUGGGAUUUUUAGAAAGACUCAACUUUUAUCAAAUUUCAUUGAGCUAAAACUCGUUGUGAAGGUGCAGUUGAGUCCCACUAAUAGGAACCAAACCCUGUUCGGAUCAACAAAAAUUUAUUUUUAGAUUAGGAUUUUUUUUGUUAUAAUUUUUUUUGUCCUAGGACGCUAGGCACAAGCCCCCACACUACUUCAGGCUAGACCUAGAGGUUGCAGCAUUAUCACUAGAUCAAAUCCAUUGGUGAUUUUUACGGGAUUUGAACCCAGGACCUCAAGGACCAAAGUCCCACGCUCUAACCACUAGACAAACUCGCUCCCCCCAGUUUUUUGUUAUGAUGCCAUCAAUUGGUUUUAUGAGAUAAAUUAAACAGAUAAAGGUGAGAAUUCAAGAAAAAAGAUUAUAUAUUCUACAAGACAGCUAUUUAAAUUGCACUGUUGUGUGACUUUGAUAGAAGGUAAAUUCCAUAGAGCCCCCUUUUCUGCCUAUACCUUAACCUACUUCAAUCAAAAUGUACAUUAUAGAGAAAGCAAGGGUAAUGACAGAAAACAGGGCUAAUGAGAGAAGCACGAAUUUGUAUCUCUUAAUCUAAUAGGAAGAAUAAAAAAAAUAAUGCAAAUAGUGGUUGGUCCAAAUCUGAACAAUUAAUCUGGAGGCGGAGGCUUAUGAUUUGCUUAAUUUCUGAAGGAAAAUCAUUCUAUUACCCCACAGACUUCUCUUAUUACCCCAAAUGGGGUCUGUAAUUUUAUUAUUUGCAAGUAUUCUGAAGUUUGUGGAGUAUCAAGAGAAACCUUAGACGAGCUUGAGAAAUUGAGACAAGCUCAGGAGGAAAAAAUUAUUAGAAAAUUUAAAUUUGUUAAAAAUUAAAUACUAAGCUGCUGUCAAAAUUUGUGUGGAAAAUUACACAAAUGAGGAUUUCUUGAAUGGUAAAAAUAUGCUAGAGUAAUACAUUUGUAUUACACUUAGAUUUUUUAUAUUUUUCUGUUAUUAGUUAUUACUCACUUUACCUAUUAAAAAACUACACAAUCAUUACUGAUUUCUGUUCAGAAAUGUUAAAAUUUUCUGUCUUAGUCCUGUAUGGAUUUUCUGGAUGUUUACAUAGUGGGAUCUGGAUUACUAGGACUGUGCUGUUUAUGUAAAAGAAAGGAGAUUGCAAAAAUAAAAAAUUCAAUUUGGUACUCGUUUGAUCACAAGUUUAGUGAUAGGUAUUUCUAUUAGGUUUGGGAAUAAGGGAGUCUAAUACUAUCAGCUGAGGGGAAACCAAAUGGUAGUUCAUCAUUAUCAGUAUCUCGACUUGUAUCUGUUUGAAAUGUGAACACCUUUUUUCACCCUAGUCCUUUUUGAUUGCAGACAAAUUAUCUUUUUGUAAUACAGUUUACUAAAUAAUGACAAAUAUUGAUGGUUAUUCUAUAUCUGAUUAAAAUAAAAUUAUUCAUUAUUCAAAACUAUUUAUAUUUAAUGUGGUGGCUAAUAUACAGGGUGUUCAAAAAAGGUGGGGACGUAUGAUUCCUUGGGUCAAAAUAAAGAGAAAAUAAAAAAAUCAAGUAUAAAAAAUCGCUUCGUUAACCAGAUAUCCACCAUUUUGUAUUUUUUUACGUAAACCUUUUAUCUUCAAAGUUUUAUUUAACUUUUUAAUUCCCUAUCAACACUACCCAGUUAAAAAAGAUUGAAUUAUAAAUUGCUGAAAUAUUAUGAUUUGUAGUUGUAAAAUGGGGUAGAAUAAGGCAGAACCUAGUCAUGUUUGCCCCAUUUUACAACUAAAAAUUGUAAUAUUUUUCAGCUAUUUCUUAUUCAAUCUUUUUGAAAAUGGUAUCGUCUGAUAGGGAAUUAAAAAUGCUAAAUAAAAGCGUUUUUGACAUUCUUUCCUAUUAUCAGCCAUUUUUGAGUAAUUUAAGUUAAAAAAUUUUAAAUGGCAGCCAUUUUGAAAUUUUAAGUUGAAUCAAAAUGAUUUUUUUUCUAACAUGGGUCUCUUCUACCUUAACAUACGUACCAAGUUUCAUAAAGAACAGUUAAAAAAUUUCGAAGAUAAAAAUGUUUAUGCAAAAAAUACAAAAUUGUGCAUAUCUGGUAAACGAAGCAAUUUUGAAAAAAAGGUUAUUCUUGAUAUUCUCUUUAUUUUGACCCAAGAAAUAGCUACGUAAAUUUUGUCCCCACCUUUUUUGAACACCCUGUAUUGUGUCUCAUAGAGGUUGUUAGUUUAAAAACAAUAUACCAGAUGAACUGAACAUCAUACAAGCUUGAAAUUCCACAGCUGCAACAACUGAAAAAUGAUAUAAUAUUGCAUUGUCAUCCAUUUGUAAGCUAUGUUUAAAGUUUCAAGUCUCUAGCACAUCGGGAAGUUGGUUUAAUAUCGAUUGCAACAUUUGUACCGAACAGACAAGAAAGCGAGCUAAUAAAAACAUUUUAGAAAUACAAAGGAUAUGUAUGUAAUAUCCACACCACUUUACUUAUGAAACUUGUUAUGGAUGUUGAUAGUUCUGAGACAAACUGAUAAAUAAAAUUGAUUAAAUAUGUGUAUUACAUCAUCUAUAAACAUUGUUUUAAUUUAUUGCUUUAUUAAUAACCAUGAAACGUGAUUGAUCCACUCAACUGGCUUUGACUGCCUUGAAAGCAAUCCUAAGAGUAUAGAGUUUCAAAUUUGUAGCGUUUUUCAUACGUCUGGUAUAUAAUUCCAAAAUAGAAAGCUCUCCAUAGGACACCCUGAAUUACCUAAAUUUAAAACCAUCUCACCUCAUCUCAAUUAUGAGGUUUUAAUGGAUUCCCAAUUCCCACAUGAUGCCUUGAGUUUGCUGUAGACAAUGUUAAAUUAAUACUAAAACUCCCAUACUCAAAUCUUUGGGCUGAUAUGUUAUUUUUUAACACAAAAACAAAGUACAAUGCAAUUUUUUAAAUAAGAAUUGUAAAUUGUAAUACUUUAAUAACUCCUUUGUGCUAUUUUGUUCCAUUGUGUUGAGUAAUUGGUAAUUGGUGCAAAAAAUUGGAUUUUUAGUUUUUAAAGAUGUAUAGUAUUGGAUUAAAAGUGUUGUAAGGAAAUAAGCUAACUUAGACUGAAAUGUUUUACUAAUAUUUUAAGAGUUGUUUUUUGUUUUUAUUGUUCUGUUAUGUAUGUAUAGCUUUUAGUAUUACAAAACCAAGAUUUAUCUAUUUAUUUUAUUGUUCUUUUUAGUAUCUGUUUUAGAUCGAUUUGUAUUGCAAAACUAUUUAUGCUUUUAAACCUUGUUUCAAAUAAAACCUGGUUAUUGCCUUUCGAGAACAGUAGACUCACAUAUAUAUCCACAAGUGGAUUAACCACAAUCAUAAAAAUCUAAAAUAAAAAAUAUACUACGCAAGUUAAAUAAUAAGUACGUUGUAUGGUGACAUCCAAGAUAUUUUGCGUGAGGUGGGCCUGUAGCUUGGUUUUUACUUCACUGACUACCGGGGAGUCGCUGAAUACAUCUAAUAAGAUAAGUUACAUUUUGUGUGUUUUAAUUUUUGUCAUUACUAAGCUUAUACAUAGGCUCUCCAAUUUUAUUUUUUCAAUUAUGCUUCUGUGAAACAAAGCUCAAAAGAUUCUACACUAAAUUUAAAAUGUAUCACAUUACUUAAAUCGGUAUUGAAGGUUAACUAUGCAUUCAAAGUCAAUGUUAGUUAUUCUCAUUGCUUUUUUGGUUAGGUUUGCAUCAUCCAUGAUUUUGAUUAUCCACAAUCCCUCAGCCGUAGUUAUUGCGGAUAAUGGGGAGUCUACUGUACACAUAAUCUUUUAACAUUUAUUUUGAUAGACGUCAGUCAAUAUGAGAAGGAGAAAAAAUGUAUGUAUUAGUAGGCAUUGUCCUUGUAGAAAUAUUAAUUCCUCAAUAGAAUUUACUAUAGAUAUAUUGUGAUUUGACUUAAAUUAUGUUGGAAUUCAUUGGUACAAAAUUGUACUUAUUUACAUAUUUAUUGUAAACAACUCAUGUAAAAAUGUACAGAAAUAUUACUACAAAUUAGAGCAUGGUUUUUACUAAGCACAUUAAGUAGGAAAUUUAAUUGUAUGAAAAUACAACCUAAUGCUUUAAUUAGGAUUAAUAAAAGAUUGUAAAUUAGUAGGUAAAAUGUAUUUGGCAAAGAAACCAUUCUAAAGCUUUCCUAUUUCCUCAAUGUGUGGAUUCUUUAUAUAAAUAUAUCUUCUAAGGUUAAUAUACAUAAUAGUAGGAAGGUGUUUUAGCCUCCCCGUAUGCCUGUAUUGUAUUAUAUUUUGUAUUGUAAAAAAUAAAUAAAAACUGCAGUACAACUGCAGAUAUAUAAAUUAA